UUCUUAUACUUUUCCCCCCAUACAGAAUCAGCCAGUGCCAGAGAGCGCCAGUCUUUUCUGGGGUUUGCCCACUUUCUUUCAGAGUUGGGACCGCAUCCAUCGCUGCCCAAACUGCUGGGGGUGGUGACUGUGCAGACACCCUUGAUGAUUGCAUUGGAGGAGCUGGAACAUCGAGACCUGCUGAGCUUCCUGUGGAGGUGCAGACAGGACCACACAGGUCAGGAGGCACCGUGUGACAUGACUGAAAAACGAAUCUUUACCAUGGGCACUCAGAUUGGAUCUGCACUGGAGUACCUGCAUAGUAAGAACUACAUCACCGGCAAUGUCAAAGCUCGAAGCGUCCUGGUUGGUCGGGACCUGUCGGUCAAGCUAUGGGGUUUGGGUCCGGCAUAUCGCAGAAAAACGAGUACAGCCUCUACAGAAUAUGUGGAAGAUAUGGAAAUGAGAAAGUGGCAAGCUCCAGAAGCAUUAGCACGGCAACCUCUCCAGCAAAGCAGCGACAUAUGGUCCUUUGGCAUUUUGCUGUAUGAGAUGGUGACAUUAGGAGAGCCCCCCUUUCCCAACAUCAUAGCCAGCGAACUUCUCAACUAUGCUGUGCUCUAA